UGCUGCCCACCGCCCGGCUGAAAGAAACACUGCGCGCAUGGCGCACGACCGAGAGCGAGACGGGGCUGCCUACCACGCCGGCGGCGCGGCCCUGACCGUGAGAUGGGCGCAAGGAUUCCCAAAACAGAAUGUUCAUUUUGUCAAUGAGGACACCAUUUGCUAUGCUUCUGGAAAUUAUGUAAUAUUUAUUAAUAUUGAAACCAAGAAAAAGACUCUACUCCAGUGUGUUAAUGGAAUUGUGGGCGUCGUGGCAACUAACGUCCCUUAUGAAGUUGUGGCUUUUUCUGACCGAAGAUUAAGACCCCUUAUCCAUAUAUACAGCUUUCCUGAAUUGACCAGAAGGAACACAUUAAAAGGCAACGUUCUUCUGGACUACACUCUACUUUCAUUCAGUUACUGUGGCACCUACCUGGCUAGUUGCUCCUCUCUCCCAGAAUUUGAACUGGCCCUCUGGAACUGGGAAGCAAAUGUCAUCUUGUGCAAGAAAUUACAGCCUGGUGUGGAUGUGAGCCAGAUGUCUUUUAACCCCAUGAACUGGCACCAGCUGUGCUUAUCAAGUUCAAGUUCUGUGACCAUGUGGACCAUUGAAAGAAGUAACCAGGAACAUUAUUUCAAAUCAAAAUCAGUAAAGCUACCUGUAGAAGAUGGAUCAUUUUUUAAUGAAACAGAUGUACUUUUCCCCACCUCAUUGCCCAAGGACCCCAUCUAUGGACCAGUGAUGCCCCUGUCUGCCAUUGCUGGGCUAGUAGGUGAAGAGGCAGAAACUUUCAGGCCAAAAGAUGAUCUAUAUCCUUUGCUUCACCCUACCAUGCAUUGCUGGACUCCAACAAGUGACCUGUAUGUUGGCUGCGAGGAGGGCCAUCUUUUACUGAUUAAUGCAGAAACCUUGAAGGUGACUGUGCUUCAGAAGGCAGAAGACUCAUCACUGUUGGAUGGAGCUCAUCUCAUCAGGCCGGUCACCUUGGUGUAUCAGAAGGAGGGCAUACUUGCUUCUGGAAUUGAUGGCAUUGUGUACUCUUUCAUUGUUAAAGAUUCAAGUUACAAUGUGGGGAAUUUUCUUGAGGUUGAUGAGGCUGUGGAACAGUUGAUGUUUUCUCCCAGUUACAAGAUGUUGCUGAUUCAAACAGAGAAGGGAUCUCUUUAUCUCUACACUUUUGGCAAGGAGCCAGCCUUAGAUAAAGUCCUAGAUGCUUGUGAUGGGAAAUUUCAGGCAAUUGACUUUGUCGCUCCUGGAACCAAAUACUUCAUGACACUCACACUUUCAGGGGAAGUUUGUGUUUGGUGGAUAGAGGACUGUACUUGUGCAAGCAAGAUUUAUCUGAAAACCCCAGCAACAGCUCUGGCUUGCUCGCCUUCCUCCCUCUCUGCUGCCGUGGGGACCUUGGACGGCUGUGUGUACUUCCUGGAUGUUCAUGAGGCCGAGUCCCCCCAAGUGAUUCACAAGGCUUUCCUCUGCGAGUCUCCCGUGCAACACCUCAUUUAUGACCAGCAAGGAUUCUAUCUGUUAGCUGGAACAUCAGAAGGAAACAUCUUUGUUAUCAAUGCCAAGCCCUCAAGCUUAUUUCAGAUUCUUGGAUUCACAGAGAUGAACCAAGAGAUUAUACAGAUAUCCACAGUGUCUCUUUUGGAAACAGGCAUAGUAGAAGUGGUGGUGCUUUCCCCACUUCCAGAAACAGGAAGCAGCAAGCUGGAAAUAUUUACUCUGCCAAAAAUACUACCAGAAGAUUCUGCAACUUUUGUGGAUGAAAGAGGGAGGCUGAAAGAUGAAUUCAUUCAUAAGUCCCUGUAUGAGAUUGAGCACCCUCUGUCUUCUGCAAUCUUGGACUUUCAAAGCAAUCAAAUAUUUGGCUUCUGUAAUCAUGUGCCAUUCAUCUGUAGCUAUCUUCUUCCUAAAGACCCACACAUUGGUGUUUGUGUUCUUAAGCCACACCAAAAAGUGCAAAGCAAACACUAUGGACCUGGAAUGCUCUCUCUGUCUUCACAUGGCUUGUGGCUCCUAACAGUGGCUAAAUGUGGGAUUCUGUGUGUCCGAGAUGUUUUCACUUUGGAAACAUUUGCCCAGAGUCGGAGUCACUCUCCCCAGGGGCACGGAAUUCAGUCUGUGAGGAUGUCAGUGGAUGGACAAAACAUUCUGGUGAACGGGAAAGAUGAUGGCGCCCUUGUCUGCCUAAAGUGGAAGCAGCUUGGAGGAAACGUGGCCACUGAAAUUACUACAUAUUGCCAGCAACUGUUAAUUUCUCUGAGCAGCACCAUGAAAAAAGAGAAUUACUACUUAAGUACACAAAGAGUUUCCUCAGAUUUGGGAGAUGAACCUGAACCCACACUACAAAAGUCAAGUAUUGACUCAUCACAAGAGGACUUACUCAUAGCUGAUAACAAGGAGAUUCCCUGGAUCCAACAAAAAAGCCAAGAGGCCAUCAAACGGGAAGUUAAACUGUUUUCCCAGAAAAGGAAAGAGAUAAAAAAAGGAAUCAAAGAACUUAUUAAAACUAUUAUGAAUAUGAUGGAAGAAAAUGAGAAAGUGGAUCCUAUUGCAAAAUUAGAACAAGAGGAAUUUGGCCUGGAUCUUGAGGAACUGGAGAAGCUUCACGAAGAAAGUGAAGAGGAGGUGGCAAAGAUAAGGAAGGAUGUGGAGAUGCACAACCUAGCCAAGAGUUAUUUGACUGAGCUCAUCAAAGAAGAGUGCUGGAAUUCCAUGGCUGUGAAAGGUCGAGCUCUAAAGUGCUUUCACAUCCCCUACGUUGUGGAGAACUUCCCAAUGAAAGAACGCACAGCUGAAGAGAUGGAGGAACUGCAGAGAGUUUUGCAGCAAAAGAAGAUUGAAAUAGAGUGUCUGAAACUACGGAAGGAAAUCACAGAGGUUCAGUCUGCAGCAGCUCUGGUUAAAGAGCAUCAUGAAGAGGAAGAUGAAGAGGAAGAGGAAGAUAUGACAGUAGAAGACACCAGCUUACCCAAUUACCUGCUUGGUAGUCUCAGUACUGAUUUUGGGGUAGAUACCUCUUUUUUGUCAAGCCAAUUGGAACUUCAUUCCAGAGAGGAGAAAAUCAACCAAAUUAUAUUACUGAAAGAUAUCAUUUACAAGGUUAAGACUGUUUUCAAUGGUGAGUUUAAUGCUGCAUUUAAGCAAAAAGAGUUUGAAAUUAUACGUGUGAAGGAAAGAAAUGUUAGACUUAGGGAAAUUAUUUUAGAUCUGGAAUUGGAAGAAACAAUCUGGCAACCAGAAUUUGAGGACUGUGAGAAGCCGGAGAGAACCCUUGUUGUGGAAGAUCAUGAGAUUUCAUCCCAAAAACAUGGUAAGCUGUGGCAAAAAGCCAAAACAGAAUCGGACAUGCUUCAUGAGACUGAUCAGUGGCUUCAGGCACGGAGCUCUGACUCAAGAAACAGAGGCCUGAUGGACAUGAUGGGAGGUGUUCUGGAAGUCAAGAAGGAAGACAUUUUGAGAAUGGUGAUUCCUCAACCUUCUUUCAUGGUAAAACCUGACACCUUGUGGACCGAAGAGGAAAGGAAGCAAUUCAAAGAUUAUGAGAAAAAAGUCAAGGAGUUAAAUGAAGAAAGAGAUAAGUACAGAAAGUCCUUGGAAGCAGAAUUGAAGAAACUUCAAAACUCUAUUCAGGAAAGCACACAGAACUUUGAUGACCAUCUGAAGAGACUCUUUGAAAGAAGAGUGAAGGCAGAGAUGGUUGUCAACCAGGAGGAAUUGAAAAUAAAUAACCUUCUCUUUUCUUUACUAUUGGAUGAAGAAUUAAGCUCCAGAGAAUUAUUCCUGAACAACUACCGUUCAAGGAAGCAGGAGGAGAAAAACCAGACAACAGAAGCCAUCCGGAAGGCUAGAGAAGACCUCGAUGUAUACAAGGAGCAGUAUGACAAUUUACUAGCAGAAGACAAAGUUCUGGAUCGCAGUUUUAAAAAGGAAUUUUCUGAUAUUCCCAGUCAUCAGGUGGAUAUACUCUACAAACUUUUCAAACGCCGGCCAAGGGUUCACAAACAGAAAGCACACGCAGAUACAGUCAAUAUUGUCCCUUUUGGAGAGCGACCAGAAUCUGGCAAAUUGAAUAAGGACAACUUUGCCCAGUUAAUGAAAGCCAUGGAUGAUUUGGACAAUAUCAGUAACAUGCCAGAAGGCUUGGACCCCUCGGUCUGGGAUCAUUUCUGCACAACUAGAAGAACAAAAGUGGAAAAUGAAUAUAAAGUAAAGCAGAAAGCAACUGGGUUAAUGGAAAUGACAGCCUUUCUCCGGAAGAGAGUUGAAGAUGACGAAAAUGUGCAACGCGAGAUUGAAAAAGUGUUUCACGAACUCAUCCUAUUACAGGAAGACAAAGUGAAAUUCCAGUUGAAUUUGACAAUCCAAAUUCUUCUUAAACAAGGACAAGUAGAAUUGGAGAAUUUCCAGUUAGUUCUGGAGUAUUCUGAUGCAGUUCUCAUCAAUAAGAACAUCAUUGAAGACCUGAAUACUGUGAUUCGGACUCAAGGACAAAAAAAAGUUGCUAGCAUGAUGGAAAGUAAAGAUGUACACAAAGGAAUAUAUCAGAUUGAGUGGGAACAUAAGAAAAUGGAGAUGGAAAUGGAAGAUCUAAAUCAGAAGGCUUGGGAUAUUCAGAUGUUGUUUUUUUCAAGAGAUCGCCAGAAGUACCUAAAUGAACCAAACUAUGAGAAUGUGAUUGCUAUUCAGAUUGGAAUAAUGGAGCAAACCAUUAAUGUUAUAGACAAGACCCACAAGAAGAAUGUCGAAAACUGCAAAAAGCUACUAAAAAAACUGGGGAAAUUCAGCAAUCAAAAAGAUGUAGCAAAUUAUACGCUAAGCUGCAAUCUACGGGAAGAGUUGGUAGCUGUUUCAGAGAGAAAAGACAUCUGCAAUGCAAUGGGGUCUAUGCUGACUUGCGAAAAGAUUGCCAAAGAGAAAUAUGAAAACAUGAUGCAACAACAGAAGUUAACAAAUAUUUCAAAACAACAAGCUGAGCAGAUUUCAAUACUACAGGCUGAAGUUGAAAGGUUAAGGAUGAGAACAUUUCCUGCUCUUGUUCAAAUGUAAAAUGCUAGCAGUAAACACAGGCCAAACCAAUCCUUUGAGAAAUCAUUUGAGUAAAACGAUUGCUUUUUUCUUUAUAUCAGGAAAUGUAAGUAGAGUCACCUCUUAAUUGCAUGUUUUAAACAGCAAGUUGUUCAUUUUAGUCUUAAUGAGUAUACCAAUUUUUGCCUUACAUGAAUGUGUAAUAUACCAGAACUUGUUGUUGUUAUUCAAUAAAGCCAGAAAGUACUCAAGAUUUAUUCAUUUAAAAAUGAGCAAAAUUUUGAAGGUUAAUUUCUGUUCCAUCAAUAAGAACAAAGUAAACUGUUUACUUUUUCCAAGCCUUAAAUCAUUCGUAAAUUAUGACUUAUUUUAAAUAUAUAAUCUUCAUUUCUUAUUUAGCACAGCUCAAUUUUGUGCUCUACCCAAUAGGGGGUAGCAAACAGGGGAAAAAAAGUGCUUUCUUAUUUCCAAGACAUAGUUUAUUAUCCUACUCAUGUAGAUGAUGAUAAUUAUGUAACAAGAUUUACUGGCAGGAAACUUCUUUGUCCUUCCACAGCCUGUGGACUGCUGCAUCCAAGGUGAUUUCACUGGAAUCAUUUUAAGUGAUGUCAAUGCCUCACUGUUCGGCAAUUUAUAAACUAAACGUUAAUUUUAAUCCACAAUACGUUAUGCAAUAGUCACUGGUUCAGGUAAAGCAAGAGAGCUAUUAUAAAGCCCCCCAUUUAGAAAAAACUUUUAGAUUUGAUAGAACCACACACAUUAUUUGGUUGACUUCCUCACCCCCUUAGCACUAGAAUGACUCCUAUAGUAGUAGUUGGGUGAUUCAGCAGGGAAGUAACAUUGGUAAAAAUCCCUAAUAUCUCUGAAACAGGAACUGUGUGGACCUCAGAGAAUGAAGGAUACAAAUAUUUUAUAUUUAACAUGGGAUUCCAGAAGCUCUCUAUUCUCUUUGUUUGUGUCAACCUUGGAUGUACUAGACUUGGUUUGUUUUUUUCUUUUCUGGGAAUACAGAUGUCUUUUUUUAAAUAUAAAUAAAAAUAUGGUAUUCAAUGGUUUUUCAAUAAAUGCAUCCUAUUAAAUGGAGGUAAAAUUCAACAGAAAUGCUAAAAAGGACUACACAGGGCAUCCUCAGUCCCUGCACUAUACCCCAUAAAUCCCACUCACCCUGAUGAACUACCUCCUAAGUACCUAUUGUGCUUGUUGAAUCCUUAUCUAUGCUGCAUGUCAAUGCCUGGAAAUCCCAUUUCCGUGCCCCCAAUUCUCCCAGAAACAGAGUCCCACUGGACUCAUCCCAGGAUGAGUCCAGAGGAUGUGCCUGCCAGGAGUGGGCAGCCAUAACCUCCAAGAUCUAGAUAGGUACCACACAUUUAUCUACCAGAAUGUCAACACACCACCAGGGGUUGAUGAUCCCCUGGCUAAGCAGCAGUAAUGGAGCCUGGGUGGUAGGCACCAGAACAGCACAGGUCCCCAGAGGUGCCCAUCUAGAAAUCCCAGAUGUGAGGCCUGGUCCAGUCUUCUUGGACUCACAAAUGCCAAUAGCAAUGGCAGUGACUAGAAGUAGAAAUUAUGUGUCUAUGUGGGGGGAUGGGAGGUUAUUGGCAUAGGCACUAAUAGCAGGGAAGAUCAGGUCCCUGGGGUUCCGUACUAUGUCAAACAUUAAG